GUGCGCACGCGCAUGGGAGGCGGAGGAGGAGCCAGCCGCUCCGACAGCGCGGUCGAGUGGGGGAGCAGCUGGCGGGGGACUGGGCAGCUCCCUGGAAGGCCGACGCAGGCUGACGGGCGGGUGCUGGGAACCGAGCCUCUGCUUGCAGCCGGCAGUUCCAGCGGGUCUGUGAAGAGGUUGGCGGCCCGAGCGGGUGCUAGUCAGCUUUAAGAAAAAGUAGAAAUUACUUCUGACCGUACUGAAUAGCAAAAAUUAAGUGACUUCCUACACUGCAAAUCAUGGCACUACCAUUCCGGAAGGACCUGGAGAAGUACAAGGACCUUGAUGAAGAUGAGCUCCUUGGGAAUCUGUCAGAAAUAGAACUGAAACAACUGGAAACUGUUCUGGAUGAUCUUGACCCCGAGAAUGCCCUUCUGCCUGCAGGGUUCCGGCAGAAGAACCAGACGGCGAAGACCGCCACGGGGCCCUUUGAUAGAGAGCACCUCCUUUCGUAUCUGGAGAAGGAAGCAUUGGAGCAUAAGGACAGGGAAGACUAUGUGCCCUACACUGGAGAAAAAAAAGGGAAAAUAUUUAUCCCCAAACAGAAACCUGUACAGACUUUUACAGAAGAAAAAGUGUCUCUUGAUCCAGAAUUAGAAGAAGCUUUGACAAGUGCUUCUGAUACAGAAUUGUGUGACCUUGCAGCUAUUCUUGGGAUGCACAAUUUGAUAACGAAUACACAGUUCUGUGAUAUAAUGGGAAGUAGUAAUGGUGUCGACCAAGAACAUUUUUCAAAUGUGGUGAAAGGUGAAAAGAUUCUUCCAGUAUUUGAUGAGCCACCAAAUCCAACCAACGUUGAAGAGAGUUUAAAGAGAAUUAAAGAAAAUGACGCUCGUCUUGUUGAAGUUAAUUUGAAUAAUAUAAAGAAUAUCCCAAUUCCAACCCUAAAAGAUUUUGCGAAGGCUUUGGAAACCAACACACACGUGAAAUAUUUCAGUCUUGCAGCCACCCGGAGCAAUGACCCUGUUGCUGUUGCUUUUGCAGAUAUGCUGAAAGUGAACCAAACUCUGAACAGCUUAAAUAUGGAGUCCAACUUUAUCACAGGAGUUGGGAUUCUAGCACUGAUUGAUGCUUUAAGAGACAAUGAAACCCUGGCAGAGCUCAAGAUUGACAAUCAGAGGCAACAGUUGGGGACAGCUGUAGAAUUGGAAAUGGCCAAGAUGCUUGAGGAAAAUACAAAUAUCCUUAAAUUUGGGUAUCAGUUUACACAGCAGGGACCACGAACCAGGGCAGCCAAUGCUAUAACAAAAAACAACGAUUUAGUGCGUAAGAGACGAGUUGAAGGAGACCACCAGUAAGUCCACCAAGGUAUAAUCUUUGGAAGACUUCAGAAGAUCACCAAGGGCUCAUUUUGGUGACAUCAGAUAUAAAAUUUUCCUGGGUAGAAGGGAAAAGACUGGAAAAAAAUGUUUUAAUGACAUAUAUAUUUUUUUUAGUGUAAGUUGUUAUCAGUUUCACAUUAAAAUCAGUAGUAGAUGAUAUUUUAUAUUUUGAGACAUUUCUACUUUCUGCUGAAAUUAGUUUUAAUUUAGCUUAAUUUGAGUGAUUUAUGAUGAGUCUUGGGCAAAAAGAAAAUACAAUUGUUAAAAAAGUUUCAGAAGUCAUUUAUGGAGAAUAAUUAGAACAUUUUGAGGACCGAUGUUUUUUAAAUCCAAAGGGACAUUACUGAUAUCAGAAUUGCUAUUGCUCCCUUUUAGGUGUAAAGCACUUAGCUUUCUUUAUUCCAUUACCUGGAGACUUUAUCAUUUUUUAAAACAUGGGAACUGGCAAGAGUGUGGAAUUUUAGUCCUUAUCAAGAGAACAGAAUGCCAGAAUUUUAAAACAGUUGACUCAAAAUCUGGUCAUCUGUUUAGGAGCAAAAGCAGAUCUCCAGGGAGAGAAAAUGGUCUUCUGCACAUUCCGGGUCACUUCACUUGCCUGAUGUGUCUCAGAAACACCUAGAGUUUUUUUAAACAAAGUCAUCAGCUUUGCCAGGUUACAUAUUUUGUUUAAAAGUAUAGUUAUGUCUGAGUUCGUUCCAGUUUUUCAUUUUAAUAAUGUGGGCAUUAUUAAAUUUUGUGAAAGCUAAUAAUAAAAAGCAUCUGAGUAGAAAAGCUGUUUUUUUCCCCCUAUAAAAAGGUAUACAGCCAGUUCUUGGUUAUUUAGGGUAAAAGAAAAAAGAAAGCUGAUGUUACCCACAUGAAAUCAAAGGUCAUAAAAAUGAUGGAGUUCAAGUCUGAGGAGCUUGCAAAACGGUCAUUGAAACUGAUAGUUACUGUAAGUAAAUUAGAACCUGGCAUAUGUAUAAAUUACUUGGCAUUGCACAGUAUUCUGAGAGGUUCCUAUAUACAGUGCAGAAUUGCAUGAGCAGUAUUAAAUCACCACUAAAAUUUUCCAACCAAUAAGAAAAACUCUUCUUCAUAAAUCUGUUUUUUAGUAUGUACUUCCUUGUAUCUUAUACUUUUUAAUCUCAUUGUAUAAAAGUUAUAAAAGUCA